AAAAAUUAGCGAUUGCUACGUUCGCAGUUAAGUAAAGCCGUUUUUAUCCAAGUUAAACACAUCUUCGAACACCGAAAGACCCGUGAAAAGUUUCGAUCGAACAAACUAAGAAGAGAAAGACGGGAGUAUACACGUGAUGAAAUAAAGAGAGAGGGAAAAGAGAGAAAAUAGGUAGUGAUAUACGCAACGGGUUGGUUGGUGCGUGGGUGCACGCGUGUAAUGGUGGAGCGAGUUGCACGCGCACGAUGCAGCUGAUGACCUUGAACUCCCUACUGAUGUUCGAUCUCGUGUUCCUGUUUUUCCUGUUCCUCGUCGGGGUCUCCUGUCUCGUAUACUACCUGCCCGGUACUCGAGCGCAUGCUUUCGCGCCACAUGAGAUCAUCACGGCGCGGACGCCACCGCGCUAUGAUGCGCCGAUCGACAAUGUGUAAGAAUGCCAACGGAGCUGACCGAACUCCCAGAACUCCCAGUAGUGGCAGGGGAUGUUCUUACCCUGCGAGGCACAGGACUCGCUGCUGCAGAAACAUGGGCUCUCCUCUGCCAGGCUGCCCAGGCCCUCCAGGAUCUCUUUCUUUCAAAUGGAGGCGUGGUGGGUGGUUCAAGAGCAGGACCAGUGGUGACUCCACACACACUGGAAUUGACACCACAUGGCAGGGUUUUGCUGCAGCUCGCGCCGCCGGAGACUGCUCGCGCGUAUUUACCACCAGAAUAUCGACCCGGUCGGAUUUAUUCGGACACGGAUUCGGAAAAAAUGUGGAUGUACUCUUUAGGAAGGGCGUUACUCGACACGACUCCUAGAAUAGCGGCAUUAACGGGGACCGUUUCUGUUUCACCCUCUUCCGCUUUGCAAUCAGUAUUGGCCGCCAUGACGGAGCCUGAUCCUCGUAGACGUGCCUCUUUGAUGAAUUUGCUCGAUGUAAUAUCUGAAUAUUGCCGAACACGUUUACAAGCAAGGCCCUUUACGCAUAUAGUGAUGGAGAUGUAUCGGGAAGUGGUGAGAUCACCGCAAUAUGCCGCGCGAAAGCGAGCAACCUACUAUCAGCUGACAACUCUGUGUCCUGCACGAAACAUCGUCGAUCAGACAAGUCGCGAGAGAAUCUACGGCCAGCAUCAUCUGAAACGGCAGCAGAACCACGUUCAACUGCCACCAUUUCAACAUCAGCCUGAUGUCAGACAUUUGUCGGAUCAGCUGACUGCUCAGCAGAGGCAGCAACAACAACAACAGCAAGAUCACGCUCAAUUUCGCUCGCUUCAACAACAACAACAAAAUUACGCCCAGUACUCGCAGAAUCAUCGUCAGAAUCAUUACAAUCAUUAUUACGCGAAGGGGGCGCAUUUCAGGGCGCAAUCGCGCAAUUCCCUGUCGCACCCUAAUCUAUCAAGCUUAUGCGACUCGCAACAGCAGCAGCAGCAGCAGCAGCAGCAACACGGAGAAGUUACCACUAUGAACGUUUGCAGAACACAGUUUCAAUCACAACUGGACAUCCAAAGCGGUAGUCGAUCGAUAGGACCGUCGACGACUCAUCAUCAACGUCGGAUUCAUCAUCACUCGAGAACGUAUUCACAGCCGGUUUACACGCUGCCUCAGCACACCAGGAGCAGCGGCAAUCUGCUAACGACAACUACCAACGCAACGACUGACAGUAAUCCUGACAAAAAUAUUUACGACCCGAUAUAUGCUCUGCCGGUUAAGCCCUUCCUGAGCUCCCAGGAUGUGCGAGUCAAUGGUCUAAUGGCAAAGGCGAUUCGUCGCGGCGACGAUAUUCACGAUGGAUCGUCAUCGAUAAGCAGGCAUCCGUCGAACACCGGUCGCUCUCAACCGAACAUAAUUUCGGAACCGAACGAACGUCUUCGCGAGGAUAUUUACGAACGCACAUCUAUGGGAAGAAUAGUUUUGCAAAGGCAGCACUCGAACCCGCAGCUGCCUAAUAGAACGCAAGUUGACGAGGAUUUCAAACGAUUGUCGCAACCGAGUGUCGCGAUGAUUGAAUCUCGAUGCGUCGCGCAAAAGGAAGAACAAAUGAUUCGGCAACAAAAUCCAGUGUCUUCCAUGAGGCUCAGGGGAAUUCAAGGACCCCCGAAGCCACCUCGAAUUAUCACCACCCUGAGAAGAGCUGCUCUCUCCGACUCGGAGUGUAACAACCAAACGGAAGCGCCGGCGAAACCUCCCAGAAUCAUGGUAAGAAACGGGCCAAGAGCUCGGCGAGGAAGAGCAGUGCAAAGAGCACCAUCGCGUCUGUACAGAACGGUUGGUGGUCCCAUCAGGUGUUUCAAUAAAGCGCAAUGUGUGGGUCCUGAAUUUGUCGUACGAGCUAAUCAACCUCCGAAGACAUUGUGUGUGGGUCAAGUCAAGGCGGGCAGUUCUGGACGAAUAGUCGUAAUAAUGCUGACAGGACAACGCGUGGAAGUGACCUGUGAUCCUCAAAAGGUCACCGCCGGAGAUUUAUUUCAGGCUAUUGUCCAAGCGGAAAGUCUAGACGAGAAUUUCACUCUGGGUCUAGCCGUGCUACUGGCGGGAGAUUUCGCGAUAUUACCGCCCGAUACAAAAUUAAAUAUCGCACCACCGGGAUGGUUAAGCAGCGGCAAGAGCAAAAGUUUCCUGGGUCUACCGACCAGUUUCAUGCUCUAUCUGCGGCUUCGAUUCUUCCUACCAUCUCUUCGCGGCAUCAGAAGCUGGAUAUCGAAGCAUCUACUAUAUCUACAAAUAAGGCGAUGCAUACUGGAGCAGCAGCUGGUCUGCCCCUAUUCCGAAUUAAUCAAUCUGACAGGGCUUGCACUUCAAGCUGAAUUCGGAAACUACAACGUCAAUGAACACGGCUGUGGACAUUAUUUCCUCCUCGAGCAUUACGUGCCGGAAUCCGUGAUAUUGAGCGCGGACCGGCAUCAAUCGCCGCCCUGCGUCGACGCCGAUACACUUCGAGCGCAACUACAUCGCGCUCAUCGCGAGCGUCGUGGCUUAGACUCGAACAAAGCCGAGGAGAUGUUCAUAACUCACGCGCAGUCCCUGCCGGAUUACGGCUCGCACUACUACAUUGCCACGGUGGACUCGAAGGAGCUCGAGAAGCUAAUGGCACAGCAGAGAAAAGGAAAGAGGAUCGUGUCUGACAGCUGCGACGCCGUGUCAACGCUCGACGGCGCGGAAAAGUCUUGUCACCCGAAGAAAUCUGCAGAACGGGAAACGACAGUCUGCCCCGCUUACGGCAACAUCGGGAUCCCGCUAUUAGGCACUCGCGAGAACGCGCCGAUGAUUCCCUACACGAGCGAGCAGGCGAAAGGCGCGAGAUUAUAUCACGACGAAGUGUGCAAUAAUAAUAAGAACAAUAAUAAUGUCAUUAGUAAUGGCAUUAACGGCAACAACAAUAAGAACAAGACCGGCAAGAAAAAAGCGGAGAGUAACGUGUGGUUGGCGAUACACGCUCAAGGCUUGAAGCUGCUGGAACGAGGGGGUGAACCGAGGGAGAGAACGGAAUUGGCUCACUUUCAGUGGCGAGAUGUACAGACAUUGAGUUACAACAAGAAUUGUCUGGUAGUGAACUGCAAGUUGAACGGGAAACGAUGCAAAUUCAAGCUACGGAUGGAUCAUCGAAAAAGUUAUUUCGCCUUCAAGCUCACUUCCUUGCAUCAUCAGUUCUUCUCAAGGCUUCAUUCAGAGCUUACAUCGCUCCAAGGCCUCGCGAAAGACUUUGGAGUACCCUUGACAACGGAAGACAAACCUACGCCGUUGAAAGUGAAGAUCGAUGACGGUAAAACUAAAAUAGCGAUUGCGAACACUGUCAAGGUUCAAAAGAAAAUAAGUUAUCCGAUGCAAUUAGAGGAGUAUCAAAAUAAAGAGAACGAAAAUCCUCAGAAAGAUGCUAACGUGGUAAUAACGAAAGACGUCGUUCGCGAACCUGGCUUUUAUUCAUCCGAAGAAGAUGCUCUUUACGCGCAAGUCAACGUGCGAUUGGAGCCAGAAGGUCAAUCGCGAGACACAGAAGAGGAAUCGGAUCGAGGCUUAACGACACCGAACGGGAUUCUGUUGGAAGCUAAACCAAACUUAUUGGAAACAAAAUCGAUUGAAACUGAAUAUUCAGUUCCGAAAAACAUCAAAAUAUCGAACCGCCAUGUCACUUCUAUAUCGAACAAUAAUCAAUUGGAUAAACCUGAUAGCACUGAAGAAUUGUACGCCGCUAUUAAUAAGGUUCGUCUAAAUUCGAAAAAAAAGAGUUCGAGCGAGUUCCCUGUUCCGGAGGAAGUUUGGAAUGUGUCAGACGUGAAAAAGACACUGCAGAAGAUGAAGACAUCUAGUUUACCGAAUUACGGCGCACCAAGGCAGUCGGGUGGUUUUCGUACACCCAGCUUGCCCCGUCGAUUGGGUGUGAAAAUGGGAACACGAGCAAUCUACAGCAGUUUGCCGCAGAAAGAUAUCGCGCUUACCGACGACACGGAAUCGCUAUCUUUAAAAUCCGACACCGAAUCAUCCAUUCAAUCAAUAUCGGCGCGAUCCACGGAAUCACCCAUGCCGGAAGCAUAUGUGCUAAAUGCCGAUAUACGAACCGACGACGAAACUUUUCGUGUUCCGGAAGACGAAUCGAUGUCGGCAUCCUUAAUGGCUCGUUUGGAAGAGCUGUCGUUUGCCGAGGAACGAGUUUUGCACACGAUCAAGUUGGAACGUGGCCACGGUGGUAGCAUAGGUUUGCAAGUGACAGAGGGUAACGACGGCGGCGUUUAUGUUCAGGCGGUCUCCGUUGGCGGAUCAGCUGAUAUGGCCGGAAACGUCAAUAAAGGUGACCGGAUCGUAGCAAUAAACGGACAGAACUUGCUCAACCUUCGCUACGAGGACGCUCUGAAGAUGCUGCAGAGCUCAUCUGAAACGGUAGAGUUGGUUCUCUCGCAACCCGCUAGCCAAAAGAUUAUGGAAUCGCGAAAUGAUCAGAACCAGGCCUCUGUAGAGAAUCAUUAUUUACAUGAUAUCAAAUUCGACGUGUCGACAGAGGCGGAAACGUCCAGUAUGAUGAAUAAAUGGAUUAUUCAAAAAACUACGGAUGUUGCGUCGGUGCAGAACACCUCAAGCGCAUAUAGCAGUGCCGCAUCCAGCGCGAUGGGCAAUCAUAAUAAUGCCAACAGCUUAUACAUGACUGAUCUAGUUGACAAUAACGCGCUAAAAUCUGCCAAUAAUUCGUCUGACCCACCCGUGCCACCGCGACGAGCAAAACGCAAGAACAAAACUGCACCAAUCGCGUCAACGGAAGUGACGAAGGAUAAUGCGAGAUCUCGACAAAAACGUCCGCUGCAGCCGCCCCUACCGAACAAAUGUCAACGGGACAACAAAUCUCGAUCUACCGUCGAAGAUCUCCACUCGCGACGCGACAUUGCGGCGAGCUGCUACUCGAAGGUCAAAAGUGUCACGAGCUGCGACGUCGCGACGGAUGUGAUCGACGCGAACUUUCCUCCGCGAUCGCGCGACGACGAUACGAUAUCCGCGACGAGAGAAAUCCCGUCGAGGCUCGGCGAAGUAAACGACGAUGCAGUUCCGGCAAAGUCGACCGCUUUAAAACCACUUGUACCUUCCUCCAAGCUCGCGUCGUCUAAGCGAAGCACACUCGACAAAUAUCCGCCGCUCUUUUUCACGCUACGUGAUUUCGAAGAUGUAAUGUCCGGGAGCAGAGAUAAAAAGAUAUUCGCUCCACCUUCGGCUAGUCUCGAGAAAAAAUCAUCGACAAUGAAAAUAUUGGACGACGAAGAUGAUAUCUGUUUUCGCGUGACGACGACGAAUCUUCCGUUCGAAAAGUGUCUGGAUAGGUGGAGAGACUCUUUCGAUAAUGAGUUUGCAGAAAAAUUCGAUAAUUACCAAUUCGAUAAUGAGAAUGUUGAAAGAUUGUCCAAUUGUGACGAUAAUUCUCGCGACGAUUUCGAUCAUCGUACAGGCACGAAAGUACGAUUCGUAAUCGAUUCGCAAAAUCCUUCCGCACACAAUGUUGAUGGCGAUGUAAAAAUCCGUGUGCCGCGUGAUAGUUUGCAAAGCCGCAAAUCUAUUUUCGGCGAUGAAAAAGCUAGCGAACAAAGCGGCGCCGCUCCUUUCGUAAAAUUGACCGAAAUCCGAGAGGAAUUUACAGACGUAAAAGAUUCUUGCGACAAUUUGCGAGAUAAAUCAUGUACUUCAAGCGCCGAGAAACGAAAUCCCGCGACGAGAGAAGACGAUUCCUUUAUGCUAACCGACACAAACAAACUUGACAUGAAAUUAAAGACAAUUCCGCAAAGCCAUUACGACGAUAUUAAUGACGGGAAGAUUCAUAAAGGGGAUUCUAAUUUCAUAUCGCGGAACGAGCCCGUUAGCAAUGAGAAUCUCGUAAUCGGAAAUGAAAAUGUGACGACUACAAAAACGAAGGAAAUUAUCAUGAACGAUAAACAAAUAGAUCAAAGUGGAACGCUGGAUGCUUCAGAAAUCGCAGAAAGCGUUCGUCGCUUUACAGAUAAAAGUUUAGAAGUUGUUUGCAGUAAUGAAAAAAAAUUUUUGAAAAAAACUGAUGAUAGCAUCAAAAAGGAGCGCGUUAUCAAAAACGAAGAGAUCUUCGUCAAUGAGUCACUUCCAAGUUUUUUAAAUAACCGCGACAACGAUAAAUCGAACAUUCUCACUUACGACUUCACAAACGAAUUCGAAAUCGAAGAAACUCGACAAUCGUCGACGAAAAAGCAUAAAAAGAAAAGCAAUUUUGUGGAUUCUAAAUAUAACCGCGAAGAAGGUUCGCCAUCGAAAGAGGUUUUUACGAAAAGCGUUUCCGUAAAAAUUAAACGAAAUUCUUUUCUAGAGACUAUGUUGUCCGACGAUUCAACAGAUAAUUCCAUAAAUUGCGCUAAUACUAAUUUAGUGUCUCCUGUAAACAUGCAUGAAAAAUCAAAUAUACCGAAUGAAUCGACAAAUAAAGUUCGGGAACCGGAUGUUACGAAAAAAAGCGAACCUGUGUGUGAUUUAUAUAAUAAAACGACAAAAAUAUACAUGGAAAACCAAAAAAUAUCUAAAAUGGAUAAAAAAAAUGUCAAAGUUUCAAACACUGACGUAAAAUCAAUGCAAUCGGAAAAUAAAAAUGUUUCUGACGUAAAGAAUGAUAUUCUGAACGAGUUGCUCUGCAACUUUAAUAACAUAAAGCUAAAAAUAGUGAGUCCCGAAAAUAAGAAACCAUCGAUGAAGAUAGACAGUGAAGACGACAAAAAUAUUUCCCGCUCGAUCGCGAUAGAUAAUGCAAUUUUUAAAAAGAAAGAAGGUUCUACAUCGCUUGAAAUAUCUGGAAAUGAAGUUUGCGAUAUUUCUAUAAACGCCAAGAUUAUUGACGUAAAUAGUGACAUGACGAUCGUCGAGAAAACCGGAAAGGAAGAUCUCACAGAAAUAAAUGUCAAGAAAAGACUUCAGGAUCUCCGAAAUAGCGCUUGUGAUCCAGCGAUUGAUAAAAAAAUCAUAGAGAACAAAAAUAUUGAAGUAACCAAAUUUAACGAAUCUUAUAAUAUUAAAAAUAAAACUGUGAAAGACGACUCUGUAAAAAAGACGAUCGAUGAAAAUAAUUCGAAUAUCAGAUCGGAAGAGAUCUGCGUAAAAAUAAAGAAAAACGAGGAAACGUCCGAAGGUAUAAAAAGCGCUGAUGAAGCUAAACGAGAAUUUAAAAAAUUGCGAGACAUUCGCGCCCCCAAGGCGAUACUUAAGAAAAAAGAUGUCGAGUACGAGCAGCAGCGGAUGAAUAAAUUUCAAAAUAGAAUUCCCAUCGGAGCACCUGCAACCAUGAAUAAGAUUUUCGAUAGCAGAGAAUUUGAGGCAAUCGCGGUUGCGUCGCGCAGACUGGAAAAUGAAAGAAAACACGAGGUAACUUCGAAACAGACUCGCAGUCACGGCAAAGAAAAGACUGAUGAUGAUGAUGAUGAUGAAGUAAUUAUGGUCAGUGAGAAUGAUGAUGAUGAUGAUGAUGAUGAUGAUGAUGAUCGAAGGAGAGUCGCGAACCGGUCGACAUUAGCAUUAUUAGACGAUACAAAGGGUAGCGACGAUAAAUGUGCCAUAGUUAGGAGAACUACUUCCAUAAUCCCUUGUAAUAAUAAUGACAAUAACAGGGCCGUAACACCCGUAGUUAACGUAAGUAACGACCAAUCGUCCCGCGACGUUGUAACGAUAACCCCGGGUAAAGUUAAGAGCUUCGUUAAAUAUUACGAGAUUCGGGGCGACGCGACGACCGUCAAGAGACAUUCUAAAAUUAACGAUAGAGAGAAAGUAAGUAAGCGUAAAUCCACGAAGAGCCAAGCGCCACCCGUUGCCGCGAGGAACUCGCAACCGGAAGUAAUAACGGAAGAAGAGGAAACGAAAAACGGAGGCAGGAGCGUUAAAUCAAACAGUAAACUCGAAACGUCGUCUAAUGAAAUUCAAUUUUCCAAGUUCGCCGCGAAGAUCCCGAAAGAUUCUGCCGACGAUUCGAUUCAUAAAACAGCGAAAGCGGAAUCGAAGGUGGCGAAAGGGCACGAGAAGAUGAUCAUCGGCUCGAAUGAGAUCGACGGGAAAACACGUGCGUCGCUCGCUAAAACUGACGCGAAAAAAUCGGUACAGUUCCUGGGCGGUUUUACCGUGAUCCAUUCGGAAACUUUCGACGGAAAUGAAUCCGCAGGGAUCGUUACAGACUACGACGCAAACGCAUUGAGAAAAAGGCGAGCCCCCGGAAUACCGUCGUCGCGGGAUUCCGAUGGUUGCCAGGAACUUGUUCGCGAGUUCAAGAAAUCGGAGAAACUGCCGGACGCGGAAAAAAGUUCCUUUCAGCGACGAGAGGCGGUUGCCCAGAUACACGCUGUAACCAGACACGGGGAAAAUUCAGGUGAGGAAGUGGUGACGGUGCCGUCCACGGGCGACGAUCAGGAAGGCUGGAAACUGCAGAGGAUAUCCGUAAACGGCGAAUCGAGCGGUCGUCGUCGCGGCUGCACUCGUCCGCAAUUGCAACCGGGCGUUUCCGGUGGCAAGAGGAAUCGGCCGGCACCAUUGCCACCGAUAUCCUGCAGAGUCGACGCCAAGGACCAGCUCGACAAGUACUGGCCUAAUAAGGAGAACGCGCCCGGAAAUGCCGUGAACAGCCGCCGCGAGGACGAUCCACGACAGGUGAACCAACUCCAGGCGAUCGAGGAGUCGACAAUGGGCUCGAAUCUGAGCAGGCAUAACGGAAAGGGCCUGACUGGCCGGCGAACCCAGUCUUCCGGGAACCUGUGCGAACCCAAGGGGAAGCUCAACAGCAUGGGGAAGAUAUUACCCUGUUCCAGCUCGCAGAGGGAAAGAUAUAAAAUUUGCAGCUCUCUACCAAAUCAUCUGGACGAUAGGGAUGUACUAGACGAUGAUCAGCGAGAUAACAAUAACAUCAUGUCCGGCGGUACGUUGCCGCAUAAGAAACGCUCGUUAGGAGUGCAUUUCUCCGAUAGUGGGCCGACCGGUACUUUGGAUCUCGUUAAACAUCGAUCACAGGAUUUCGACGAGUCCUACGACGAGAACGAUCCCUGGAGAUAUCAGCAGAGCGAUCUCGAUCUGGUGCGGUGCCGUCAUGGAAAUUUUGACUCGGUCAAGAGAAAUCGCAGCGCCGACACAGUGCUCGUCGAUUCCGGCAGGAAGUACCAAGGUCGCGCCGCGGCCUUGGAUGACAAAUGUCACCGGAAUUCGGACCUCGAUUUAGUCGGUACAUUGCCGAAACGCAAGCCGGACCUUCGAAACAGCAGCGGCAGGAGCCUCCAAUCGAACUCGUCGUCCUCGCAACCGUGCAUCGUGAACGCCACCCAGGACGACGACCUGCUGAUGAAGAUAGUGCACAAACCUGACUGCGAGUUAGUGAAGCAUCGUCAACAGUUUGCCAAGUGUAUCGAUCUGAAGCUGAGCAAGCUGACAAGCGGCGAGCCGCAAGAUCAGGGAUACGCGUCCGAACGAUCACCCGAGGACGAGCAUCCGCCAUCGUUGCCGGGACAAGUACCCUUUCCAAGUGUGACACCCGAGAGCACAUUCCGAGUUACGCUGCAGAAGAGCAGUCGCGGUCUCGGUCUGAGUGUUUCCGGUGGUGGCACCGCAGGUCCUGUCAGAGUGAAAAGACUCUUUGCCCAACAACCCGCCGCCCUGUCCAACAAGCUUCAAACUGGCGACAUAUUACUGGCUGCUAACGGGAUUCCGCUAACUGGCCUCACCAAUUACGAGGCUCUCGAAGUUCUGCGUACGACCCCUAGCACGGUCGAAUUGGUGGUGUGUCGGCUUCCAGGAGAUAGUAAUGUCACUCCACCCGGUGCACCUCCGCCACCACCAGCCAGGCGAGAGCCGUCGUCAUUACGUAUACUCAACCCGCUGCCACCUUUGCAAAUCGAGCCCUGUGAAUUCGACAUCGAAAUGAUGAAAGUCAACGGCAGUCUUGGCUUCACCCUGAGGAAGGCGGACAGCAGUGCCUUGGGUCACUACGUGCGAGCGCUGGUGCGAGAACCGGCACUGAGUGAUGGCAGAAUCCGACCGGGCGACAAAAUCGUCGCCGUGGACGAUGCUCCCCUGUCUCCGAUGAGCCACGAGGAAGCGGUUCAGUUACUACGACAAUGCGGACCGACUGUAAAACUGCGGCUGUACCGCGAUUCGGCGCAGACCCCGGUCUCGGCGCUUUCACCCACUGAACCCGAUCAUCCCCUCCGUCCGCCACGAACGAGUUUGAGACAAGAAGCCGUGGACAUGCUGUGUGACUUAGCAGUUCGAAAGCUGUCACCAGGUACAUCGAGCGGUUCUAAUAGUUGCAAACAACAGUCGCCCGGUGCUUCAUGCAAUUCGCCACGAAGGCGUCGACUUGCUACGCGUACUUCCACUGCCGAAAUCAAUCAAGAAACUCCCGAGAGUAAGUUGCAUGACGUGCAAACGACGUCGUCAACAGCCAGCCAAGCGGAGACCGCAUCGGACUCGGACCAGUGUUCAGUCAAGACACAGAUCACCAAUUCCCAAGCAAACACACCUGCGACCGACAUAAUCGAUCCGCCGCCGCUCUACGACAUCUACGACGAUGACGACUACGAUGAGUCGUUGAAACCGAUCUCUAACAAUAAUGCCGCAGCAGCCAGGCCGAGCUUCCUCGACUUGUCGGCGCCGCAAGGUAAGCCGCACUUUCAGUUCUGCAGCGUUGACUCGGAUGGCGAGUAUCCCGGUGAUAGUGACGUGAUCCUGGCGGAAGCAGAGCGAGGUCGAUUGGCCGAACCGAGCUACGACAACGACAGGACGGUGAUGUCGAGCGACGAGCACGACAAUGAUCUGCCGUCCGAACCGGCCUCGAUGCCGCCGUUGCUUUCAUCCACCAGCAGUACCAGCACAGCUGCCUUUAGCUACAAGAAUCCAGCCUAUCAAAGUGCCAAUCCGGCCUGCAGCAGCGCUGUCAACGACCCGGCUGGACCCAAGACCAAAACUACACACUCCAGCGAUCAGGACAUACCAGGGAAGAUCCUGGGAACGGACGAUCCAGGUGGUAGUAAAGGAUUACUGAAGUGGAAGGGCGUGAUGUUCGCUCCGAACGAUGAAGUAGAUCGAGGUGCUGAACACGAUCCAGAAGAAAUUGGAGAAGAUACUACGGAUGCAGUCGCCCUUGCUGAAGACCUUGAACAAGGCAGCGAGGUGUUCAUGGUGGAAUUGACGCGUGGGUGGAACAGCCGGCUGGGCUUUAGCCUGCAGCCGGAAGGAAAUUGUACAGUGAUAUCGGUUGUGCAUCCCGAUAGCGUCGCGGCCAAGGAUGGCAGACUGAAACAGGGUGAUGUCUUACUAAUGGUUAACGAGGAGAGUGUGGAACACAUGUCAACGGCUGAUAUAAUAGAUCUGUUACGUAAGAUACGUGGUUCGAUAGGUAUCACGGUGAUGAGGAGAUCGAAACAGGACAAUAUAACGUGACAGUAGUUCCGUGUGAUAUCGAAAUAGAACAAUCAUAAAAGAUACGAUUUGAUCGAUAUAUUCUUUACGGGCGAGCAAUCGCAGAUUUAAAGAUUUAGACAUGAGUCUGACAUAAAACAGAUUUUUCCCCCAAAAAAGACGCUGAUCUUUUACAAUAAAAAUUUAGAUAAUGAGAGAAGAUAGAAAUAAGAAGAAAAGCAGUAAUUAUUAAAAAAAUAAUAAUAGAUGAGAUUAUAAAUGUUGCUAGUACAAUAAAAGAGCUAUUAUAAAAUUAA